CUCUACCGCCCCCAGCAGCCGCGGCGUGGCAUCGUAGCUUGAUGGGAACGUGACCGUCAGCGGGGAGUGAAUGAUCCGCAGCUGAGGUGAGAACAGUAGCCGGGGUAUGAGCAUUUAUUGGAGUAGGAGCUCUCGGUUGUAGCGCAGCCUUGGCGGCGGCGGUGGUGGUGGUGAGGAGCGAGCAAAUGGAGCAGGAAGGCGGCGGCGGUGGCGCGGUGGCUGCAGCGGUGUGCGCCGGUGGUCUGAUCCCGGUGCAUGAGCACGAGCAGCGGUACUACUCAGCUCUGCACGGGCUUUGUCAGGCGGAUCCCUCCGGGAAGCAGCUGUCCUCAUCCAAAGUGGCAGAGCUCUUCAAGGCGUCCCAGCUGCCUGCUGACGUGCUGCACAAGGUGACAGAAAUGUGCGGAGCAAAGAGCCUGGGCUACUUUGGCACUGCUGAGUUCUACGUGGCUCUCAAGCUGCUCGCCGCCGCCCAGGCCGGCCUGCCCGUCCGCCUGCAGAGCACAUCGGCCAAUCUACCUCUGCCCAGAUUUGCCGGGAUCACGACGGAGCCAGAGAUGAGAUACGUCGCCAACACGCCCGGCGGCAUCGAGGCCCGGUGCGACAGGAGCCGAUGUUUGGAGCAGAAGGAGCCGCCACCGGCGCUGCCCGGCAGCUCGCCGCCUUGCUCCCCGCUGGCGUACCACGCCCACCAGUACACCACGCCAAAGGAAAGACAGACGGCCGAAUCGCACAUGGAGAAGGGGGAGUGUGACGAUGACGACCCCUGGAGGAUCACAGAAGAACAGCGGGAAUAUUACACCAAUCAGUUUAAAAGUCUGCAGCCUGACCUGGGGGCUCUAAUUCUCGGUGCUGUUGCAAAGAACUUCUUCACAAAGUCCAAACUUCCCAUACCGGAACUGUCACACAUUUGGGAGCUGAGCGAUGUGGACCGUGAUGGCGCUUUAACCUUCCCGGAGUUCUGCGCCGCCUUCCACUUGAUUGUGGCCCGCAAGAACGGCUAUCCUCUUCCCGAAAGCCUUCCCGUCGGCCUACAUCCCAAAUUCGGACCCCCAGAUGAGGACGGCCCCCCUCAACGUGCGGAGCUUCUGAUCGUCUUUGACGAUGGCGCAACAGGAGUUCGUAAGAAGGAUCAGAGCACCAAGCUCCCAACAAGUGUGGCUGGGACCAAACAAGAUUGCAAAGAAGAAGCCUUCAAAAAACAAGAAUGCAAUUUCAGGGGCGUCGAGACAUUAAAAGAAGGAGCCACUCUGCAAUUGGCCACCUUUUCCCACAGGCCAGCAAACGUGCUCCUCCCGACAGCGCCAUCCUCUCAGGACCUCGAUCCGCAAAGCAACGCGAAAACCCGACCAAGGUCCUACUCCAGCACUUUCAUUGACACCGCCACGAGGAAGGCAGAGGAGCCUCCCGCGCCGCCGCCUCGACCCCAGAAGAAAAGCCACUCCAGAGCCUCCUCCUUGGACCUCAACAAGCUUUUCCAGCAGGGGGCGCCAGGGGCGAAGAGUGGAUGGUUGCUCCCUCCUCCAGCGCUACCUCCGAGACCGUCCGCCUCGCAGGUUCCUCCGACCCAAGUACAGCAGCCCAACUUUGCAGACUUCAGUCGCUUCAGAAAAGAGGAGCAGAGCAGUGUGAAACCAGAAGAACGCUGCCUAUACUUUCGAUAUAACCAAAGUAUUGAAGACUUGUCCAAUGCUUCCCAACAGGAGCUAAAUCGCAAUCAAGCCCCGCAAAAGCCGGCCCGAAGGAAGUUCCGACCUGACAGCCAGAAUGCGGAGUGCUCGGCGCCACCGACGGGUUCUUUUCUAAAAUCCGCUCAAAAAACGCCAUCCAGGCAGAAGAAGGAGAUCCAUAUGGCAAUCCGUAAAAACAAGGAAACCAACGCCGUGUUGACACGACUCAACAGCGAACUCCAGCAGCAGCUCAAGGUGGUUCGCCACCAGAGGGUCACCUUGGAGACCCAGCUGGACCAACUUCGUCCCGUGGCCUCCACGUCAGCCGGCAGCUAGUCGGGGAAACCCAAAGAUGUGACGAAUGUACCAAGUGACGGAAAUCGUAUAAAAAAUAUAUUUGCACAAGUCGUACGGUUCGAUUUCGGUCCUGAGAGCCUGAUCGCAAAUUGAAGUCCUGAGUUACAUUUUUUUGUGUUUUGUUCCGAAUUUCGUCGCUUCGGAUUUCGUAUUCGAGUCUUCACGAAAAUCAACAAGUAAUUGACGCCCACCCCAAAAGGCUUGUAAUAGCGUUCAGGUGCCACUUGAUGGCAGCAAAGCACUUUUGUUCAUUAUAGGCGCGCCAAUGGCCUGAUUACAAGAACCUCCGAUGGACAUGUUUAGUCAGAAAAACAAACAAAAAGCACAUUUCUCAAUUUUUUCUCAACGACAACAAAAUAUGUACAUGUAUAUAUAUAUAUACAUAUAUAUAUAUAUGCACAAUAGCGAAAAUAGUUUUUCAGUUAGCGCACUAUUUUAUCGAAGGCCAAUGUUAAACUGUUCAAUUUUUACAUUUCAUUCAGCUCCACUUCAUGUCAAACGUCCUUUUUGUUUUUAUCGACUCAUACACGAUUAUUUCCUGUUUAUCCGCCAAACCGCGAAAUGCCACGAAGACGACAAAAUGUCGCAAACCAGCACUCGACUCCGAAGUCAUGACCGCAGACGUGCUAUGCAAAGAUCAGGUGCCGCUUUGGACUUUUUCUUAUUGUUUCUUCUCACAUCGGUUGCGUGUAGAAACGACGGAAUGCUUGGGCUGCGUGCUCGUGAUGUCACGAUGACGUCAUGGUGAUGUCAUAGCCACUCUUGUAAUUUGUAUUGAACUGAAGACUGGAAUCAAAGUGAUUAAUAAAGUUGCUUAUUUUUCA